CUAUUUCUUUACAUUAUAUUAUAAACCAAAACUGUGAUUUCAUAAUGUGAUCUUAAACAGCUUCAACCAUUUACAGUUUUGUAGAAAAAUGUCUAUUCACAGAAAUAUUGGUUUGAAUAUACAAGAAAUUAGUCCAAAUAAGCUAAAAGAACCUAAAAAUAUGAUUCAUACAUCAGAAGCCAUAWUAGAAGGUGAUACAUGUAAGCAACAAUUUAGACCAAAUUUUCCUACAGUUAAGGAUAAAGUUCAAAUUUUAAAUAAAGCAAUUAUAAGACCACCAAUUCCAACAAUCAAUGAAACUGUUCUGCUUAAUAAACAAUAUAUACUUCCAACAAAUAAACCAACUACCAAAGUUGAUAAAAUAAUAUUAAAUAAUUUUGUUGAAGAGCAAAAGGAUCCUGAAAAAAAUACUAAAGCUAUAGAGACAAAAUUAUACAUUGAAAAAAAAAAAAAAGAACGAUCUCAAAAAUGUAAACUAGAUUUAUUGGAGAAAAAAAGGUUGGCGGAAGAACGAAAAAAAAAAUUAGAUCAAUUAAAACAAACUACAAGAGAACUAGCUAAAGCUUCUAAUAAGCAAAAGACUCUUCGUGUUCAAGACAAAUGUAAAAUUGGUAUUAAUUUACCAAUUGAAUCAAAUGAAACUAAWGUUGAUCAAACAUGUUCACCUCCAUCUAAAGUUAAAAGUGUUAAAAAACCACUAAAAGCUCUUAAAAAUUUUCAAAAAAUUAGUAUUAAUUUACCAACUGAAUCAAAUGAAUCUAAAGUUGAUCAAACUUGGUCACCACCUCCACCUAAAAUAAAAAGUUUAAAAAAACCACUAGAAGCUCCAAAAAAUGUACAAAAAAAGUCAAUUAAAGGUUUUGAAAUCACAGAUGAAUGUUCAAAUGAUGCAAAAAAUAUUAUAAGUACAUGUUCAUCUACUAAAAUAUCAACAGAACCAAAUACAAUUUCAACAACAAAAUUAAUAGACCCAAAAUCUCAAAAACGUUAUGUUACCAAACCAGAAAAUUUAUUUUCUCAACUGAAAUUCAAUGAUGAUUAUAAACUAUUUKGAAAGAAUUUAUUUGAUAUUCCGAUUCCUAAACUAAUUGAUUCUGAUACUUCUUUCGUUCAAAAAGAUAAUAAUGAAAAUAAUGGUGUAAUUUUAGUGACCUUGUCAAAUGGAUCGUGCUAUGAUAAUGAAAAACAACCAAGUGAUAGUGCCUAUUUGAACAGAGAGACAUUGACUAUGCCCGACAUUAAUUUGAGUAUACAACCUUCGUAUAUUAUAAAUAAUAGUACUAAAUCACAAACAGGCUUGCAGUUGCCUAUUAGAUCCCAUGAAGAAAUUAUGAAAAGCAUUGACAAUCUAGAAGAGCUUCAAGAAUUAUUGUUUGUUCAGUGUUCGCCAGUUAAAAAUUGUUUAUCAGAAUCAACCCAAACUGAAAAUCUUAACAAUAUAUUAUCAUUGUCGGCUCCUAAAUCUCCUCCACCUCCAAUGAGUUUUAUUUCAGUAUUAAAAUGUAAACAAAAUUUAAAACAAUCAGAAAAAAAUAAUUUGGAAUUUUAUGACCCUGCAGGGGACUUAAAUAUGAAUGAAUAUACAAUAACAAAUAAUUUGUUUUCUAAUAAAGUCAAUAAUGUUGAAUCUACUCAAUUUAAUAAAACAGAUGUAAAUAUUUGUGAUGAAGAGGUAAAUUUAUCAAAUGUUCACCAUGGUGAAACAAAAAACUGUUCAGAUAGCUUUAAACCUUCAUUAAUUGAUAAACCAACUAAACCAAAAUCUAAUAAGUUAUCUUCAAUUGAAAUUAUUGAAAAUAAUAAUUGUGAAGAAAUAAUUGAUAGUGACAAACUAUUUACUAAAUUKAAUAUAAUAACUAAUAAAGAUAUUAAACAAGUUUUAACUAAGCUUAAUUAUGACUUUGAUUUAUUGACAAAAAAUGAUUAUUGUAAAUCAAAUGAUUUACAUAGCAGUUGCAUAAAUUUAAAAUUUGAUGAAAAUAGUUCAAAUAAUGGAUCAUCGCAUCAUUUUCCUGAAAUCCAUGAUGAAUUUCAAGCAGAACUUKAUACACUCGACCAAUUAAAUGACUCCUUAUGUGAUAUCGAAAGAAUGAGUUGCGACAUGUCAAUUAAAUCUAAAAAACAAUCUGUUGAACUGAAUGAUCAAUGUAAUUUUAUUGAGAGUGAUAUUCCAACACCACUUUCCAAACUAAACGCUUUAUCGUCAAAUAUGAUGUGUGUAGAUAAAACAAUAACUGGUUUUUCUAUUCAAAUGUUUGAACAAUUAAUUAAGGAUGAAGAACUCAGGGCAAACCAACACCGUACCAUACUUAGUUUAAAGGAAAAAUCUUUAACUAAUCGUUUGAAAUGGGAAAUUACUAUGUAUGACCUUCAAGUGAAGAAUUUAAAAAACAGACUUGGUCAUGAAAAACAAUUUCAGUUAUUCAAACAAAAACAACGAGGUACUGUAAAAAAGUUGGAACACUCAUUGUCUCAAGUAAAACGACUUGGUAGAGUAAUAGAUUCAGUAUAUAAGCAACGCUUUAUAAUGCUUGAAGAACAUUUACAACAUUUGAGAAACCAAUCAUCUUCCAAAAAAGUUAUACGUAAAUUAAAAAGCUUAGAUCAAUUUUUAAAGAAAGAUGAACAUGGUUGUCAGUCACUUAAUUCUCAUGUUUUUAAAGAAUUUAAUAAAUCUGACUGUUUUGAUACUAACGAUAGUGAACAUGAUAACAUUAAUACAAUUGAAUCAAAAAAUAAUACAUCACCAACAUUAUUUGAAUUAAAUAAAUCUAAAAUCAUUUCGCAAAACCAAGCAACUUCUCCUAUUAGUAUUGGAACAAAUAUUUUCAAUCAAGUUCAAAAUGUCAAAGUUCAAACAGAUGUUAAAUGUUCAUCACAAAUUGUCAUUGAUAAAUCUAUACAAACUUCUAAAACAGAAUGUAACCAUACAAAUAAUGAAAUUAUAAAAUCAUCUAAUCCAAUUGAAUUUUCUUAUAAAAAUGGAAUGUUUGAUGCAAUUAAAACCAAGGAUAAAAGAUCAUUGUCUCCAAUUUUAUCUACAGUUCCUGUUAAACUGAGAAAAUAUCCAACAGAAACAUCGAUUAGUACAAAUUCAGAACAGAGUGAUCUGGAUACACGGAUAAUAUCUUUACAAGAACAACUUGAAGCUAGAAAGUUAGAAUCUUUUAGAUUGAAAAAAGAACAAAAAAAACUUAAAUUAGAGAAUCUCAAAGCUAAAGAGCAAGAUCUUUUGAAACAGAUUAAUUUAUACGAUAAGAAAAUUGAAGAAUCAAGAAAAAGUUUGAUGGUCGAAAUAAAGAAAAAAAAUAUGAUUAUAUCAAAAUCUUCAACAAAAAAUGACUCCUCUCCUUCAACAAAUUCUAGUUGUUCUGUUCUUCAAAAUAUAAUUAAUUAUGAAAAUGAUCACAGUCAACAUAUGUAUGAAUCAGAUAAUAUAACACGGAUAGAUGGUAAGCAAUAUUUCUAUCCAAUUGCUACCAAUAAGGAAUGUAAUCAUAGUAAAUCCUUAGACAAACCAGUAAAUGAGUUUAAAAAAAUAAAUGUUUAUAAAUCAAAGGACAAUCACGAUAUGCUUACAAAUAAUGUUGAUUCAGUAAAUAUUGAUAGUUAUAAUUGUAUAGAACAAUCAUUUCAAUCUUUAGGGACAAUCCCAAUUUGUGAAGAUAUUCAACUACAUGAAAAGCGCACUGCAGAAGAAGUAAAUGCUCUAAAAAAUGCUCAUGAUAAUGAUACUCAAGAAAGCAAUCUCUUUAUAUCCCUACCACAGAAGGCUUUAGACGUUCAUACACCAAAUGAUCUUAAAGUAAAUUUAAAGGAAGAAACUCAUUCAUGUGAAGUAAAUGAAACAAUUUACAAUAGUAUAAAUUUAGAUAUUUCAUUAUGCGAGUAUUCUAUUCCAAACAAAAUUAUGUCAGAAAUUUCCAAUAACCAAGAAUUAUAUUUUGAAAUAGAUGAUAAAAAGUCAAAAUCACUGAUUAUUGAUGAUAAUAUUAGUUGCUCCAAUACAACUUCAUCUGAUAGUAGUGCUCUUCAAAGACAUUUCAUUGUUAAUUUAAAUGAAAAUGAUACUGAUGUAUGCAAAAUGCAGAAAAACAGUAUCAGUCAAUUUGAAGAACCUAAUUAUAWAACUAGAUUGGAUGAUACUUAUAGCCCAGAUUUUACAUCAGAUGAAUGUACUUCAGAAUUUCCUGGGUCAUAUGAACUUAAUAGAAAUGAUAAUAUUAUAGAAUCAAAUUAUAGUGAACAAAGUAGUGAAACUUCUCAUGAAGAAGAAAGAAGUGAAGGAGAAAUAAUAUUUGAGGAUAAAACAUUUAUUGAACAGUAUUCAGAUUAUCAUAGUGAUUUUGUUCAAAAUGAGAAUUUUACUGAUGACCAAGUUCAUGUUAUUACCACUAACAUUUUUAACUGUCUUCUAAAAGAUGCUAAAAAAUCAUUUAAAUGUAACAUGAAUAAAUCAUUAUUUCAUCCAGAGAAAAAUUAUCUUAAAAAUUUAACAGAAGAAACUCCAUUGUUGUUUAUCUUAAAACGCGAAGAAGAAAAUCAAAACAGGAUUAUUCUCUCAGAGCAAUCAACAAUUAUUUCAGAUGUACUUUUUAAGCAGCAUUUACAACCUAUUUUUUCCGAAAUUCUUCAAAUGUAUUUACCUAUAUUGAAUGAAAUAGAAAUGGAAAAAUUAACAGUAUAUUUAAAGUGGUCUUCUACUAAAAGAAAAAAAUUGAAAUUAUCGAAAUGUUUAGUUUUUCAACCCAAAAUUGAUGUUGAUGAUGAAAAUUCAUUUGAAAUGUUUUAUCAAAAGUAUUUAGAGCAGAAAAAAUCUCCGACUUUCCAAGAUGAAAAUAAUGAUGUUAUGCUCGAUCAUACCCAAAAAGAAGCAGAAAAAUUAAAACAAGAACAAAAGCUUAUUGAAGAAGAAAUUGAACGUCUUCGAAUGUCGGAAGAAGUACAAUUUUUUCUUAGAGAAAUACCUAAUAAGCCACCUCCCCCUUAUAAGAGUCCCACUAAAACCAAAGCUCUUAUUGACAUACCUUAUACAUCUGAUGAAGUUCACAAUUUAGUUUUGACAGCUUCUAAUCAAAUUUUCAAUGGUUCUCAAAGUGCAUUAUCUAAUGAUUAUAUUGUAGAAUCAGAUUCAACUUUACAUGUUGAUUAUAAAACAUUGAUUUUUGAUUACUGUAAAGAAAUUGCUCUAGACUUAUUUAUUGACGAAACAUAUUUACCUUUAUGGAAGAGAUCUAUAAAAAAAUUGAAGCAUUUUAGGGCUAAACCAAAAAAUCCUAAAGAAUUAAGUGAUGUUGUAAUAAAAAAAAUGAACCAGAUUAUUGACAUAGACGAGUGUGAAGAAAAAGUAAAUAAAUUUGUAGUGAAACAAAUGUAUGAAGAAAAUAGUAAAUGGACUGAUUUUCAAAUGGAUGAAUUGGAAAUACAAAAUGAUAUUGUUCAAAAUUUGAUGAAAAAAUUAGUUUGCGAUACUAUCAUAAAUACCAAAACUAAUUUUUAUUUAAAAUUUAUCUAAGAAAAGUAUUCCUWAGUUCAUUAAUUUUAUA